GAUCCGAUAGAUCAAAUACACGUCGAAGUCCAUAACAAAAUAUUUUGUCCAAAAUCUCUGCCUAUUACUAAAAUAUGAAAAAUGUAUGUAUAGGUGAGAAAAUAAAAAGAUUUUAGGAGAGAAUUUAUUAUUAACUAUUAAGAUUUGCACGUGAUUCUCAAAUUCGGUUAUGGGUAACACUAUGCAAGUUUAACCAAGAUAAAAAUAAUAGAAAUGAAAUUGUAUAACGAAUUUAAACCAUUCCGUUAUAAAAAUACCCAAUUAUGAAGAAUCUUAUCUCAGUGAUUUAUAUUGGUUGACCAAAAAGCUUUUUAAGUUGCGGUUUGUUUGUAGAUCAUUCCUCGUGAGUAAAUAAAUUACGCGUCGGCUCGCGGCUGUCGAUUAAAAGAGCUAGAAGAGCCGUAUUUCGAAACUAUAGUGUAUCCUAAUAGAGUCGAGGAAGGACUUAUUUCUUUAAGUUAUUGAAAAAUUUUACUCGUCAAUAUGUCUUACAAUUUGGGCUUUAUUGGAGGUGGUAAUAUGUCUACAUCGAUUUUUCAAGGAAUAAUUAACAAAGGUGAAUUCCCAACUUCUAAAAUAUGGGUGUCAGGACCACAUUUAGAAAAUCUUCAACACUGGAAAGAAUGUGGUGCAAAUAUAACAAAUAAAAAUGGUGAAGUGUAUAGCAAUUGUGAUAUUGUCUUUUUGGGAGUGAAACCUCAAUUUUUAACAAAAGCUAUAGAUGAUUGUUCCGACUCAUUACCUAAGAAUAUUGUCAAACAAAAAGUAUUAGUUGUUUCAAUUCUAGCAGGGAUCAGCAUUGAGCAUUUACAUAAGGUUUUAAGCAUUCUGCCAGGUGAGAAGCAAGUAAUUCGCACUUUGCCAAAUACUCCUAUGUCUGUGGGUGCUGGUGCAUGCUUAUACACACCAGAUAGCACAGUCUCAGAACAGCAAUGUGUUGAAUUAGAAAAGCUGCUUUCAGGAUGCGGGAUUUGUGAAAGGGUUCCGGAACAUUAUAUGAGCUCACUGGGAUCUCUUACUGGCUGUGGUCCUGCUUUUAUGUACAUAGCAAUUGAAGCUCUAGCCGAUGGUGUAGUGAAGCAAGGUGCACCAAGAGCUCAAGCAAUACGGUUAGCAGCUCAAAUGGUUAUGGGAUCAGGGAAAAUGGUUCUCGAGAGUAAGAAACAUCCGGGCUUGUUGAAGGAUGAAGUAUGUUCCCCGGGUGGGUCUACGAUCAGUGGAGUUGCCACUUUGGAAGAUGGAAAAUUUAGGGCGACACUCAUCAACGCGAUAGAAGCUGCUACUCAUAGAACUCUCGAAAUGGGUAAAAAGUAAAACUAAGAAAAUACUCGAAUGUAUAAUGUUUGUUGAUAAAAGGUAUAUUUAGAAUUAACUUUAAAUUAGAUUUAAAGCCACACUGUUAUUUUAGUAACAAUUUCGGCAAAGAGUUGUUUACAUGUUAUAGUAUAAAUAUUUGUGUCAGUAGUUAAGCCCCUACUAUAAGAAGGUUGGGAGUACAAUAUGUCUAUCUUGGUGCAGUGCUUAAAAACUUUUUUUUUAUUUAUCUGUACAUUAUGCCCAUCACCAAUACUCGGAUUAAUUAAGGCAAAAAGUUCGACAUUUUCCAAUAUAAACUGGGCAAGUACGGUUAAACUUUCAUAGACGGUAUGUACUAUCGCACCGCCGAAUUCAGAAGAAAAAGGCUUGAUAAUGAUACAUCUUGGUAUAUAUGUAUAAUGAGAGUAAAAAUAAAAAUUAAAUUAAAUUAUAUUCUAUAUUUUUCCGAAAAAGUAAUAGGGAUUAAUUUAUUUUGCAAUCCAAAAUUAAAAAUAUACUAAACGAAUACUCACAUAUUAGUUUUAGUUAAUUAUUUAAAUACUCGUAAAAUUCUCACCAUAUACCAUAGUAUUAAAGAAAAUAAGUAUUUAAUGUACCUGUGCUUAUUCUGGAUUAUAAUAUAAUCUCACCUUGUACCAUAGUUUAAAAAAUAAGUAUUUAAUGUAUGUUUAUUUUUAUUAUAAACAUGUUUAAUCUUUAGUUCUAUAGCAUUCAAAUGCUUUAUAAAUGAGAAUCACGAGAAAUUAUUUUCACCAAUAUUCUUCUUUGUUGUUAAACAAAUAAUACAUUUUUAUGAUAAACAUUGAUUAUACUUCCAUGGCGGGUAAAAUUCCAUACGGGUAAAAUUAUGUGAUGCUGCUAGAAAUAGUUAUUUAAUUUGUGCUAAAAUAUUCUAACAAAUAAAAAGCAGUAUUCCAUAAAAAAGGUAUGAUUUUUAUAAAUGUUUCACUCCUAGGUUUAUCAUAACAUAAAUAACCAAAUGUCUUUGUUGAGUACAGUAUUAUUUAUAGCUCAUGAGCCUUAGAGCUCGUACCUACUUACAAAUAUAUGAUUUUUAAAAUAAUUCUUAUAUAGAACAUCGAAUUUUAAAAAUACUUCUUUAAUUUAAACUAAUUUCUGUAUGGUGCUUUGCUCUGCAACGGCAUAACUUGUAUUGUUUUUCUGAGUCGAAAAUUUUAAAAUAUCUGUAGUCCGUAAAGGAACAAUUGUCAAAAAGUUGUCAUGUACUUGUUGUUGUUGGAAUGUGUUAUGUGUUUAAGAUAAAUGUUCAACAACACACAAUAAUGUUGUUUUAAAUGUAAAAAUAUAGAAGUGUCCCUAAUAGAGAUUCCAGUUCGUCCUCUAAUAUUUUGUUAAUAGAAUAAAUAUUCCACUGUACUAGAUAAAGAUGGAUUAUGUCCUGAACCCUCAUAGGAGGCCUAUGUCCCAGCAGUGGGAACAUAUAUGGGCUGAUGAUGAUGAUGAUGAUGACUAGAUAAAGUAUUUCUUGUAUUUUAAGGAUAAUGUACAUUGUUUUAUGAAACCUAUGAGAUAAGUAUAUAAUUCAUAUAUAUUUAGUUUAUAUUUUAAGAAUCUUUUAUUUAAAAUCUGAUUGUAAAAAUUGUUUUUGUUCCAUAUAAAAUGAUGGAUGAUAUUGGAUUAAAAUGAUGAAAUUA